AUGAAUGAGGAGUACGACGUCAUCGUGCUCGGUACCGGCCUGACGGAAUGCAUCCUGUCAGGAAUAAUGUCUGUAAAUGGCAAGAAGGUGUUACAUAUGGAUCGCAAUUCUUAUUACGGGGGGAGAGAGUGCUUCCAUCACACCACUGGAAGAUUUGUACAAAAGGUUUAACAUCCCUGGAAGCCCUCCAGAGUCAAUGGGACGGGGACGAGACUGGAAUGUGGAUCUGGUUCCUAAAUUUCUUAUGGCUGGGGGUCAGUUGGUAAAAAUGCUGCUAUUUACGGAAGUUACACGCUAUCUGGAUUUCAAAGUAAUUGAAGGCAGUUUUGUCUACAAGGGGGGAAAGAUCUACAAGGUUCCUUCAACAGAAGCAGAGGCUCUGGCAUCCAGUUUGAUGGGCUUGUUUGAGAAGAGGAGAUUUAAGAAGUUCCUUGGCUUUGUUGCAAAUUAUGAUGAAAAUGAUCCGAAAACAAUGGAAGGAGUCGAUCCUAAAAAAACAACCAUGCAAGAGGUUUACAAGAAGUUUGACUUGGGCCAGGAUGUCGUUGACUUCACAGGCCAUGCUCUGGCUCUGUACAGGACUGAUGAGUAUCUCACACAGCCCUGUCUUGAGACUAUAAACAGGAUUAAGCUUUACAGUGAAUCCCUUGCACGAUAUGGCAAAAGCCCUUACCUUUAUCCACUCUAUGGCCUUGGAGAGCUGCCACAAGGUUUUGCAAGAUUAAGUGCCAUUUACGGAGGAACUUAUAUGCUAAACAAGCCAAUCGAGGAGUUGGUUAUGGAGAAUGGAAGGAUUGUUGGUGUAAAAUCGGAAGGAGAGGUUGCCAGAUGCAAACAGCUGAUUUGUGACCCUAGUUAUGUUGCAGACCGUGUCACUAAAGUAGGGAAGGUUAUACGUGUUAUCUGUAUUCUAAGCCACCCAAUUAAGAACACAAAUGAUGCCAACUCCUGCCAGAUCAUCAUUCCUCAAAACCAGGUCAACAGGAAAUCUGGUGAGUUUUUAUAUCUAUGUGUGUAUGAUUUCAUGUUGGCUGCACAGGGAAAAUAUAUUGCUAUAAUAAGCACUACUGUAGAAACCAAUGAUCCAGAGAAGGAAAUCAGCCUGCACUUGAACUCCUGGAGCCCAUUGAGCAGAAAUUUGAUAGUAUUAGCGACUUGUAUGCCCCUACUGAUUUGGGAAUAG